CCACUAUUUGAUUGAAACGUCACAAAUUGUCAUUGUCAAAAUAAUGUGUUAGUGACGUGAUGUGAGACGUGUUUAUUUUAGAUGAAAACGCUUGGAAUAGUAAUACAUAAAGUAUUUUUGCGUUUUGAAUAUAUCAGCGGUGCUACGUAAUGUUGCGGUCUCGGUAGCGGAGCGCGGGCAUGGGCUGGGUGGUGGGCGCGCUGGUGGGCGCGUGGUACCUGCUGAGCGCCGCCAGCAACGUGGUGGGCAAGCUGCUGCUGCAGGAGCUGCCGCGGCCGCUGACGGCCACGCUGGCGCAGCUGGCGGCGGCGGCGGCGCUGUCGGCGCUGUGGGAGCGGCGCGCGGCCCCGCCCGGCUACACGCGCGCGCUGCUGCCGCUGGCCGGCGCCAAGCUCGGCGCCAUGCUGCUGUCGCAGGUCGCCAUCUGGCGCAUGCCCGUGUCCUACGCGCACACAGUGAAGGCGACGACGCCGCUGUGGACGGCGCUGCUGCAGUGGGCGGUGUGGGGCGUGGCGGCGCCGCGGCGCGUGCUGGGCGCGCUGGCGCUCAUCGCGGCGGGCGUGGCGCUGGCGUCGCUCACGGAGCUGGGGGCGGACGCGGGCGGGCUGGCGGCCGCGCUGGGCGCCGCGGCGCUGCUGGCCGCGCAGCACCUGUACAGCAAGCGCGCGCUGACGGCGGCGCCGCGCCCGCUGCAGCUGCUGCGGGCGCUGAGCGUGCUGGCGGGCGCGGCGCUGCUGCCGCCCUGGCUGCUGGCGGACGCGCCGGCGCUGCUGGCGGGCGAGUGGUCGGCGCGCGCGGCCGGGCUGCUGGCGGCGGACGCGCUGCUGGCGUGGCUGCAGGCGCUGGCGGCGCUGGGCGUGCUGGCGCGCGUGUCGCCGCUGGCGUACGGCGUGGCGUCGGCGGCCAAGCGCGUGGCGGUGGUGGCGGCGUCGCUGCUGCUGCUGCGCAACCCCGCGCCGCCGCUCAACGUGGCGGGCAUGGCGCUGGCCGCGGCAGGCGUGCUGCUCUACAACCGCGCCAAGGCCGCGCCCGCCGCCGCGCGCCCGCUGCUGCCCGUGUGACCGCCGCACACAUACUUAGCUAUAAUUAUUAGCCGAAUUGAAUUGUUCUAAUGAUAGUAUACUCAAAUGUUUUAUAUGAUAAAAUAUAAUUUAUUUACAAAUGUUA